AUGAAAGAGGAGGAAGAGCUUGUUGAGGUGACUGUUCCUGAUGGUGAAAGUGACAAUUCCCACCACUGUUUGAGAGACUUCAGCAGCCAGAGACGAACUGCUGCUGCUGUGGAAAUAUUCAACGUGUUUGAAGAAACUGUGGUCCAGAACGAGAUGGAGGCUGAUGGUCAGCGCAGACACAGAACAGAGAAGCAGGCUGGAUGUGAAAAGCUUCUCUGUGAGGAAACAUCCACUGAAACUGUCCGUAAAAAACAUAAAAUAUGUCAGAAUUUAGAAACUGUCACUGAUAAGAAGAAAGUUUGUAAAAUCUGUGGUGAAAGUUACAACCGAAAGAAUGAUUUGUUGGUCCACAUGAGAACUCACACAGGUGAGAAGUCGUAUUCUUGUGAAACAUGUGAGAAAUGUUUCAGUCGUCGGAGUGCUUUGUUGCGCCACAUGAGAACUCACACAGGUGAGAAGCCGUUUUCUUGUGAAACAUGUGGGAAAAGCUUUAGUCAUCAGAGUCAUAAGGUGGUCCACAUGAGAAUUCACACAGGUGAGAAGCCGUACUCUUGUGAAACAUGUAGAAAAUGUUUCAGUCGUCGGAAUGGUUUGUUGCGCCACAUGAGAACUCACACAGGUGAGAAGCCGUAUUCUUGUGGAACAUGUGGAAAAUGUUUCAAUGUGCAGGGUAAUUUGGUGUCCCACAUGAAAAUUCACACAGGGGAGAAACCGUGUAGUUGUGGAACUUGUGGGAAAAGUUUUUCCAGACGACGUGAUUUGAUUCGCCACAAUAAGACUCACACAGGUGAGAAGCCAUAUUGUUGUGAAACAUGUGGAAAAUGUUUCAGUGUACAGAAUAGUUUGGUGACCCACAUUAAAAUUCACACAGCUGUGAAGGCAUAUUGCUGUGAAAUAUGUGAAAAAUGUUUCCUUUGUCGGAAUGACUUGUUGGUCCACAUGACAACUCACACAGAGGAGAAGCCGUAUUCUUGUGAAUCAUGUUCAAAGCGUUUCAGUUGUCGGAGUCAUUUGUUGAACCACAACAAAACUCACACAGGCGAGAAGCCAUAUUCUUGUGAAACAUGUGGGAAACUAUUUGCUCAUCUUCAUUCACUGCGGCGCCACAAGAAAUGUCUCAAAGAAAUCACGUCCUAA